CUGCAUGUGAUUUCCCCUAAUCCUGGCCCCGUGACUCAGUCCCUCUGAGGGAACCAGCCCUCUUUUUGGCACACAGGGGCUAGCUAGGUGGUGACAUCAGAGUUGAGGAGUAUAAAAGUUCUCAGCCAAAAUAGAAUUGAAAAUACAACCUGACAGUGGCCUGUGACAGGGACCUCUCUGCCUGAUAUCCACAGAUGUCUCAGGACAUCUUGCUGUGCCAAGGCCUCCCCACUGGUGAGAGGCUACUGUGGGCCUGGGGAAGAGGGUGGACAGAGAGAAGUCUGAAUUGCUUGGAUUUGUACUAAUGCAGGCUCCAUGUUGGGCUCCCUUUCCCUUCUGUGGCUGGCAGCCAUGACCACCUCCUUGGUUUCCCAAGCUCAGAUCUUGACCCCGGAAGACUACCAGGAAGGGGAAGAGGAUGAUGUGACAGUAACUAUACCUUCCUUAGCUGUCCCUUGCGACUAUGACCGUUGUCGCCACCUGCAGGUGUCCUGCCAGGAGCUGCAGAAGGUUGGGCCAGUAGCUUGCCUGUGCCCAGGGCUCUCCAGGGAAGAUCAACAGCCAGAGCCUCCUCGCCUGGGAGAAGUGCAACUAGUGGCUGAAGAAGGCUACGCAGUGGUUCACUGGUGUGCUCCCUUCUCUCCAGUCAACCAUUACCAGCUUUUGCUUUGGGAAAGCAACGGGGCUCCACAGAUGAAUGCCCCGCUCAAUGCUACAGUUCGAAGAGCAGAGCUGAAAGGACUGAAGCCUGGGGUUGCUUAUGUCUUUUGUGUGGUGGCUGCUAAUGACGCUGGUGAGAGCAAAGUUCCUGGGGCAGAUGUUGAGGGUCCUGAGAGCUGGACUGGCCCUGACUUUGGGCCCUGUCGAAAGCUUAUCAUGCCGCCUAAGCCUGUUACCCUGGUCCAUGCAGCUGUGGGAGUAGGCACAGUCUUAGCUCUACUGAGCUGUGCAGCCCUGGUCUGGCAUUUCUGCCUUCGUGAGCGGUGGGGUUGCCCCCGACGUCAAGGUAUUGCCCAAGCUUCAGAAGCUCUCUGAUGGGAGUCCCAUCGACUACAAACAACUCUGGUGCAAUCCAACCCCAUCUGGAGAGCCCAACCCACUCCCAGGAGGAGUGUGAGGAGUGUGAGGCUUGCUGCCACCUGGCACCAGAGGCACAGCCAAGCCAGAGCAGCUCAGGCAAUUAACCUCAGAACUGAGUGCUUGUUUAGUCCAUAGCUAACUGAUCAUUAUGUUCCUUCCCUGUCGGGGGUUAGAAAAAGUAGCAAUUAUUCCUUGGAAUUCAGAUGAAAAUGAUUUAAGCUUUAUGGGCUUGAGAAGGUAAAAUUACAGGCAUUAUAUAUGUACUUAUAUAUAGUCAGUUAAAAUGGAGCUAUUUAAGGCCUGGCAUGGUAGUUUACAAUUUUAAUCUUCAGGGCACUGGAGGCAGAGGCAGGAGGAGCUCUCUGAGUUUCCAAAGAAGCCUGAUCUACAUAGAAAAAUCCCAGGCGAGACCAGAUAAUAUAGUGAGAUCCUAUCUCAAAAAGAACAAAACAAAAACAAGAAAAGGAGGAGCAGGAUAGAGACAUUGUUCAGCA